CGAAGGUUCCGAAAGAACCCCAUGAUGCUCCCCUCCGCCUUCUACGGCACCUCUAUCAGCGCACAACUGAUAAAGCAACAAACCAACCGAGCACACUCGGAUUUCAACUCCUGCACGCAAUCCUCGCUGCCCGUGAUCUCCCAACUCCAUUGGCGCACAUGACGGAAGAAGCGUAGCAUCGGUCGCUUGUCUACCGACGAUGGAGACGCCCAUGUCGACGCAGGAGCAGCAGCUUUGCCAGCUGCUGCUCGAGCUCCCCGCCCGCCAUGGCUUUCGCUACACCGACGACGCCGCGCGCGAGCUGCUGACGGCCCUUUUCUGGUGCAUGGCCGGCGGCAGGGCCGACUACUUGAACCUCUUCUUUCCCGUCGGCGGUCCCGCGCGCAACGGGACCCUCAAGCUCAGGGAAGCCCAGGGCGCCGUCGAGGGCGCCGAGUACACCGAGGCGGCCCGUGGCAAGGCUUGCGGGCACAUUUUCAAGCAGGGCGAGGCUUCGUAUGCCUGUAGGACAUGCAGCGCCGACGACACCUGCUGUCUUUGCAGCAAAUGCUUCGACGCCACCGACCACACUGGCCACAUGGUGAGGAUCAGCAUCUCGCCGGGCAAUAGUGGCUGUUGCGACUGCGGAGACCCUGAGGCGUGGAACCGGCCCAUGUUCUGCACCAUACACUCGAUGUGGGAGGGCGAAGGGAAGGGAAAGGGCAGGGAAGCUGCCGCCUUGCCCGAGGACCUGGUCGCCAGCAUGCGCAUGACCAUUGGCCGCGUUUUCGAUUACCUCUGCGACGUUAUCUCGUGCUCCCCGGAGCAGCUGCGCCAGACAAAAACGGUCGAGUCGAUCGAGCAGGACGAGAGGAUGUCGAGGCUAUCACCCACAUAUUGCGGCGGGGACACGGAGUCGCCCGGGGAAUACGCCGUGCUCCUGUGGAACGACGAGAAGCACACCGUGGUGGACGUCCGCGACCAGGUCGCUCGCGCGUGCAGCACGACGUUGUCGAAUGGCCUCGCCAAGGCCUACGAGACGGACGGCAUCGGCCGGAGCAUCUUGAUGUACGACAAGAGCAUCGAGAAGCUCAUCGAAGUCGCCACCACUUUGGAGCGCAUCAGGGUCACCGUGACCAUCCGCUCCGCUCGUGACACCUUCCGGGAGCAGAUGUGCGGGACCAUGAUCGAGUGGCUCAGGGACAUCUCCGGAUGCAGUGUCGGCGAGGAUCACCACAUCCUGAGGCAGGUCGUAUGUGAGGAGAUGCUCAAGCCGUGGCGCAAGGGGAGCCCAGCUACCCAUGCCAUAGUCGGCAAGGACGGCAUCGAUGAUGAGGAAUUGAUCGACCAGGAAGACAUGGAGACGAACGACUUCUAUCUGCAGCAGAGUAGGAUUCUGCUUCAGGCCCGCAUGGCCGCCCGCGCAGCUCGCCGGGAGGCAGCAGCAGCCGACGCUGCGAGCGAGGAUGGUGACGAAGACGAGGACGAGGGCGACAAUAAUACCCCCGGGAGCGAUAUGGACGACGAAGGGGACGAUGACGAGGACGUCGUGAUGCUCGAGGCGCGAGACGACGCCGAUGUGCCUAUGCAAGACUGGAGGCAAGACACAGCUUUGGAGGAAGACGAGGCCACGGUUGCCGGCUAUCCGCCCCCGCCUCCGCCACCACCGGUCCCGCGCCGGGCGGCCCGCGAACGGGAACUCACUCCUUCUGACUCCGACACGGCCGAACCCCUUAUUGCCCCUACCGUGUACGCAAAAGCCCAUCUGGAAGUACCCAAGACCCCCGGCCUGAAGCAGGGCGAGACCGCGCCGCCUCCCAAGCCUGGCCAUUACUGGCUCAUAACGCCCUCCGGCUACGUCGAACAGGAGAGCAUUCCGGUUGCUGAAGACCUCUUUGAGCGAGUCCGGCUCGACUGGAUGAUCCUGUUUGAUCUGCGGAUGUGGAAGAAGGUCCGCAACGACCUCCGCUCGCUCUACAUCUCGACCGUGGUCACCAUCCCCGAGUUCAAGCGCGUGCUCGGCCUGCGCUUCGCCGGACUCUACACCACCCUCUCCCAGCUGUACCUCAUUGGCGACCGGGAGCCCGACCACUCUAUCAUUAACAUCUCGCUGCAGAUGCUCACAACUCCUUCCAUCACUGCCGAGAUUGUCGAGCGAGGCAACUUCCUCACCAGCCUCAUGGCCAUUCUGUACACCUUCUUGACCACGCGCCAGGUUGGACACCCCUGGGAUGUGGCGUCGAACGCGGUCCUGUCGUUCGACACCGGCUCGGUCACGAACCGGAGGAUGUACCACUUCUACCUCGAUCUCAAGUAUCUCUUCAGCUCUCCACACGUCCAGGAGCGUCUCCGGACAGAAGAACGGUACAUGAUGCAGUUCUUGGAUCUCGUCAAGCUGCACCAGGGUAUCUGCCCCAACGUGAGGGCAGUCGGCGAGCACGUCGAGUACGAGACGGACACCUGGAUCAGUGCCUCCCUCGUUACGCGCGAGAUCAACAGGCUCUGCAGACAAUUUGCCGAGUCCUUCCGCGGUGUCAAGGAGCAAGACUCGCUCUAUGUGUCGCGGGCCAUCCGCCUCGCGGCCAAGACGGUCAUCAUCAACUCGAUCGGGGCCGAGCGUGGCAGGUUUAGCCAGUCAGAAAUCAAGGACGAGGUCCGGUUCAAGACACUUGAUGACUUUGAAUUUGAGGCUCCCGGCCGUGAUUUUCAGGUCGUCCGGUUUGUGGUGGAAGAAGAGCCGAUCAGCUUCCACCACGCUCUCCACUACACCCUGUCGUGGCUGAUCGAAUGCGGCAAGGCGAUGCCUGUCGAGCAGCUCAGGGCCCUUCUCAGCUUUUCCACGCAGGAGCUCGUGAUGAAGCCGCGCUCCAUGGGCAAGAAGACGAUGCCGAGGCACGGCGAUUACGGACCGGAGGACUACUUGAUGGCCGCCUUUGACUUCCCUCUCCGGGUUUGUGCCUGGCUGGCGCAGAUGAAAGCGGGCAUGUGGGUCAGGAACGGCCUGAGUCUGCGCCACCAGGCCGGCACCUACCGCGGUGUAGGCCAGAGGGACGUCUCGCACCACCGCGACAUCUUCCUGCUGCAGACGGCUCUGGUGGUCUGCGAUCCCAGCCGCGUGCUCGCCUCCAUCGUCGACCGUUUCGGCAUGGAAAAGUGGGUCAAGGGAUUCUUCGAGCAAAAGUCCAAGGCCCAAGACGAUAUCCAGCACCUGGAUGUUGUUGAGGACAUGAUCCACCUUCUCAUUGUCCUGCUCAGCGACAGGACCGCGCUCACGCCCGCUGAGGAUGAUCGAGCCCCGCACCUCGCCUCCAUGCGCCGCGAUAUCACGCACGUCCUCUGCUUCAAGCCGCUGUCAUUCUCCGAUAUCUGCCUCAAACUCCCGGACAGAUUCCAGGAGCAGGAAGACUUCCAUAAGAUCUUGGAUGAGAUGACAACAUUCAGGCCCCCCGAGGGUCUAACCGACGUUGGCACCUUCGAGCUGAAGCCGGAGUACAUCGAGGAUGUCGACCCCUAUAUUGCUCAUUACAACAAGAACCAGCGCGAAGAGGCUGAGAUGGCCUGGCGGAAGUGUGUGGCCAAGAAGACUGGAAAACCGCUCGAGGACGUCGUAUACGAACCAAAGCUGCGGCCCAUCCCGUCUGGAGCCUUUGCCGGGCUCGGCAGGUUUACCAGCACCGGCAUGUUUGCGCAGAUCAUCUACUACUCGCUUCUCUAUACCCUUGUGUACCCCGGAAUGACGCCCCAAGUCCCGUCAACGCGGGUCGAGACGUUCCUCCAGGUCGUGUUGCACCUAAUCCUCAUCGCCAUUGCUGAGGACAAGUCGGACGAGAACGAGGCGCAGCAGAGUUCGUUCAUCGCCACUGCACUGACCCAGCAAGCCCGCAGCAAUUUUAUGCCUGAUGCUCCGCAGGCCAAAACGAUCGUCGCCCUGCUCAACCUGAUAACUUCCAAGGAGGAGUUCAAGACGUGCCACCCCAAGGUUUCUACCAUCCUUCGGAGGAUGCGGCAGAAACGGCCCAGAGCCUUUGAGUCCAGCUUUGAGCGUCUUGGCCUCUCCGUGGACCGCAUGGACACGGCCUCGCCUGCGGCCAGCAACGCUGACGAAGAGCGAGAGCGGAAGAAACGGGCGGCGUUGGACCGCCAAGCCCGGGUGAUGGCGCAGUUCCAGGCCCAGCAGAAGAGCUUCAUGGAAAACCAGGGCGACAUCAACUGGGGGGAGAUGGAAGAUCUCGAAGACGACGACGACUUGCCGCCGAUGGAGGAGCACAGGAAGUUCUGGAAGUACCCGUCGGGGACCUGCAUCCUUUGCCAGGAGGACACGGACGAUCGUCGGCUGUACGGCACAUUUGCCUACUUCACCGAGAGCAAUAUCCUUCGGCAGACCGACUUCCAAGACCCCGACUUCGUCAGGGAGGCGUUCAAUACGCCCGACAAUCUCGACCGGUCUGCGGAAGCCAUACGGCCGUUCGGAGUUGCCCACGAGAACCGGCAAAUCGUCCGCAAGGUGGAUCAACGCGGCCAAACGUUUGAGACGGAGCGCCAGGUCAUCGGCAAGGGGUUCCCGGCGAAGCUGUCUCGCCGCGGCCCGGUGUCGAUUGGUUGCGGCCACAUGAUGCACUACAGCUGCUUCGAGACGUACUUUGACGCCACGACGCGGCGGCACAACCAGCAGAUUGCGCGACAUGCUCCGGAGAACAUCGCCAUGUUGGAGUUUGUGUGUCCGCUGUGUAAAGCGCUGGGCAACGCGUUCCUCCCCAUCAUCUGGAAGGGGCAAGAGGAAUCAUAUCCGGGGCCCUUGGUGCCGUCCUCCUCGUUCCCGACCUUCCUCGACUCCCAGCUGCACUCGGCCUAUUACACGCUGGGAGCGGCGCGGCCGCUAGACCAGGUCCAAAGUACGUUCGCUUCGUACACGACCAACCAGAUGAUCAACAGCCUCGCCGAGAAGUCGUCGCAGCUGUUGGAUGAUGCGUGGGUGGACGUCGGAGCCCAGUCGUUCUCGACAGGCACACCGUUUAGCGAGACUUUCUCGCUGGUCUCGGCUCCCGAAGCGGGCCCGCGAGGCCCGACACCUGAUACCAACAGUGCGAUGCGGGAGCUGGUCAACGUCUAUCGCCGACUGCGGGACACGCUGAGCAAGAACGGCAUCGUUUCGCGCCACGAGAUUGGGCCGGCGGAGCUGGAAGCAAACGAGCUGUACGGCAGCGACGCGCUAGCACGCUCGGUGGGAUUCUCCAUCUCGGCCGUGGAAAUCCAGCAGCGCGGCGUCGAGGCCGAGUACGGCAUGACGUUCCUUGAGAAGAUCCCAGACCAGGUCCUCACGCAGCUCCGCAUCCUCGCCGAGACGGUGACGUCCUACAUUGCUGUGGGCGGCCUGCGCGAGUCCGGGGAGAACAAGAUCGACACCGAGUACCGCCGGGAUAGCGAGCGCCAGCACUGCCAGCUGUUCAUCACGCAGUACCUGGGCGAGGCGACGGAGAACUCGCGGUCUCCGGCCAGCUCGUACCCGCCGCUCCUGAGUCAGGAUCCGUUUAUCUUCCUCUGCGAGUGUGUCUUCGGCGUCAUUCCGGCGCAGGGAUUCGAGAUCGCGCACAUGGUCCGGCUCUGCUACCUGGCCGAGAUCACCAAGGUGGCCUACCACCUGGCGCGCAACGUGCGGAUGGCACAGUAUUUUCAGUAUGUAGGCGCCGACCGCCGGCAGGACAUGGAUCCGGCCACAUCCAAGUUUCUCGCCUUCUGCGAUGGGCUCUGCGAGAUAGACAUAGAGUGCGCUGCGCAGGGCAUGGUCGAGAUCGACCGGCCGCGCUGGGAGAACAGAGCCUUCGAGCAGCCCGGCCUAGGCUCGUGGGACUCGUGGUACAUUCUCCUGCGCAAGUACGCGCUCGCUUUUCUCCGCAAGUGCGUCGUGCUCCUGCACGUCAAGUACGGCGUCGACUUCAACAGCCGCGUCUCGCCGAACCCGGAGCAGCGCGAGCUCGAGAGGCUUACCGAAGCGCUCCGCGUCCCGUCGCUCGACGAGAUGCUCACGGCGCUGACGCCGGCGCAGGGCGUGCAGCACGGCUGGCCGGCGUCCACGCGCCGGCUCGUGGCCGGGUGGGUGAAGCACCAGGCGCUGUGGCCGUACAACGGCGACUGCGACACGCUGCCGCAGUCGGCGGUGAUCAGCCACCCGGGCAUCUUCGAGCUGGUGGGGCUGCCCAAGAACUACGACACGCUCAUCGAGGAGUCCACGCGGCGGCGGUGUCCGACCAAGGGCAGGGACGUCACGGACCCGGUGAUCUGCCUGUUCUGCGGCGACAUCUUCUGCAGCCAGGCGGUCUGCUGCGCCAAGGAGAUCAGGGAGGGCCGGAACAAGGUGUUCAAGGUUGGCGGGGCGCAGCAGCACAUGAUCAAGUACGUUUCAGUUCCCAAGUUCACACACUCCUCCGCAGCUUUUUGUGCUAACCCGGAAUGCGUGUACCAGAUGCCAGGGAAACAUUGGCCUCUUCAUCAACAUUCGCAAGUGCUGCGUCUUCUACCUCUCGCGGCUGUCGGGCUCGUUCAGCCAGGCGCCGUACAUCGACAAAUACGGCGAGGUGGACAUGGGCCUGCGCUUCGGGCGGCAGCUGUUCCUGCAUCAGAAGCGGUACGACUCGAUGCUGCGGAACCUGUGGCUCAGCCACGGGGUGCCGAGCUUCAUCGCGCGGAAGCUCGAGGCGGAUAUCAACACGGGCGGGUGGGAGACCAUCUAGCUCGUUUCGUUCGGGUGGGUAUAGGUUGUGGUCGGCGCCAGCCGACAAGGCAGUCGGUUUUGGGGCAUUGUGUUUUACGGCAUCUUAACAGCGGAUCAUCAUCACUACUGACCAGCCAAUCCUUAGAAUCAUGGGGGAGAGUCCGGGGAGUUUCGUGUUUUUGAAAUGACGAGAAGAGGGCCAUGAACAAACCA